UGCAUGCACGAACGCACAGACACAGACCCUGACAUAUACACACACACGAACGGCGAUCCACCGCUCCGGUUCUCCGCUGCCUUCACAUGCGUCCCCACCGACUCCGCGUAGCGCUGGCUGCGCCAAGAUGAGCGGUCGUCCCGGUACCAUCUGAACGUCUCACCGCCUGACUGACCCAGAGCCGGGGAGAGAGAGAGACAGACAGAGACCGAGAAAGAGAGAGAGACCAUCUUUCCUCUCUCACAACCCAUCUCCCUUUCGCUUGGAAGAGACCGCAGCGCAAGCCAUUUCUUUCGGCAUCUUUUCCUUUUUUUCUUCAUCUCCCUCCUCCUCCUGUUCUUGCUGCAUCCCUCCCUUACUGUCGGUCUCCCGGUUUGAAGGAGAAACCGGAGAGCCCGGUCGUGAUUUUGUGGAAAUACAUUUUGCAUUUUUUUUUCCUGCUGAGUGUUGGUAGCGCGCAGUUGGUGCGCGCUUGCAAAUUCCGGUGAAUGGUGGAUUUGGCAAACAUGGAGACCGUGGAGAAGGAAUGCGGGGCCCUCGGGGGUCUAUUCCAGGCGAUUGUCAACGACAUGAAGUGCUCCUAUCCUGUGUGGGAGGACUUCAGCGCCAAGGCCACCAAGCUGCAUUCCCAGCUCCGAACCACUGUUCUGGCUGCUGUGGCCUUCCUGGAUGCCUUUCAGAAGGUCGCAGACAUGGCUACCAACACCAGAGGAGCAACCAGGGAUAUCGGUUCAGCUCUGACCAGGAUGUGCAUGAGGCAUCGCAGCAUUGAAGCCAAACUUCGCCAGUUCACUAAUGCUUUGAUGGAGAGUCUGAUCACUCCUCUCCAGGACAAGAUUGAGGACUGGAAGAAGACAGCAAACCAGCUGGAUAAGGAUCAUGCCAAAGAGUACAAGAGGUCACGCCACGAGAUCAAGAAGAAGUCAUCUGACACCAUGAAACUACAGAAGAAGGCUCGUAAAGGACGAGUGGACCUGCAGCCUCAGCUGGACAGUGCCAUGCAAGAUGUGACUGACAUGUGCCUGUUGAUGGAGGAGACAGAGAAGCAGGCAGUGCGCCGGGCCCUUGUGGAGGAGAGGGGUCGCUUCUGCACUUUCAUCGGCUUCCUUCAGCCUGUUGUGAAUGGAGAGAUCGCAAUGCUGGGUGAGAUCACCCACCUCCAGGCCAUUAUUGAUGACCUCACUGUGCUUACAACCGAUCCUCACAAACUGCCACCAGCUAGUGAACAGGUGAUCAAGGAUCUGAAGGGUUCAGAUUACACCUGGUCCUAUCAGACACCUCCUUCAUCCCCGAGCAGCUCUGGCUCCCGCAAGAGCAGCAUGUGCAGCAGCGUCAACAGCGCCCACAGUAGUGCCUCCCGUUCGUCAGGGGGAGGUGGUAGUGGUGGUGUUGGUGGAGGUGGUGGAGGCUCCCAGCCCCAUUCACCCACCUCAUCUUCCUCCUCCUCCUCCUAUCGCUACCGCAGCAGCCUGCCACAUCAACCCCCACCACCGGGGGGUAUUGCUGCCCACCGACUCAGCAGCGUCUCCUCCCACGAUUCGGGCUUCGUAUCCCAGGAUGCAAACAUCUACUCCAAACCCCCCUCGCCCAUGCCUUCGGACAUUACUAGCCAGAAGUCAUCCAGCUCGGCAUCGUCAGAGGCCUCAGAAACAUGUCAGUCAGUCAGUGAAUGCAGCUCCCCAACCACUUUUGGCACGUCCUUCGCUACCUUCCGCCCUGCUCUCUCUCACUCUGGCUCCACCAGGCCUCUCUCUGUCAUUCUUCCUGUUCCUGCGUCCCCACCCUAUAACUGCCCCCCUGGAUCCAGCUCCUCCUCUCCCACAUCAAAGGUUCCUAUGUGGAAGGAUUGGUCCAAAGCAGGUCAGUAUGAGCAGCCGGUAGCUGCAGCGGCAGUUCAGAGGAGAAAGGAACCUCUCGAUAGACUGAGGGAGAACGAGAUGUCACCAGGCUCCCAGGGAUACGCCGGGCCAUCACACCCUGAUGACUCGCAGAGACCCAGGAUGACCCCAGCUACCAUCGCUGCCAAGCAUGGAGAGGAGGUGUCUCCAGCAGCCAGUGACCUGGCCAUGGUGCUGACCAGAGGACUGAGUAUGGAGCAGCAGAAAAGCAGCAGAGACUCCCUGCAGUACUCCAGUGGCUACAGCACAGAGACCACAACUCCAUCCUGCUCCGAGGACACAAUCCCCUCACAAGGUUCAGAUUAUGACUGCUACUCAGUGAACGGUGAUGCUGAAGGUCCAGAUGGACAGGGAGAGUUUGACAAGUCCUCCACUAUUCCUCGCCACUCUAACAUCGCCCAGAACUAUCGGCGCAUGAUCCAGACCAAGAGGCCAGCCAGCACGGCUGGCUUGCCCAGCGGGGUUCUUGGUCCAGGGGGUCAUGGGAUACCAGGACAAUCUGGUGGAACUGGUGGAGGUGGAGCAGGUACUCCAGGCACUGCCACAAUACGCCGAACCCCAUCUACCAAACCAGGCGUGAGGCGCACACUGUCCAACGCGGGGCCUAUCCCCAUCCGACCACCUAUUGUGCCUGUAAAGACACCCACUGUUCCUGGAGACUCACACUCACCUGGCGCAGCUGGUGGUGGGUACGCAGGUGGUGGGCACUCAGGUGGCGUGCCUGUGCGUGUGGGCAGUGAGGAGUGUGUGUUUUUCACUGGAGUCGAGGAUGCACAGGGAGCGCUUGAUUAUGUGAAGGCGUCACCAAAGCGCCUCAGCCUGCCUAAUACUGCCUGGGGAUCAGGGGCGGCGUUAGAGGUCUACGCCCAGCAGCAUGGCGGCCUUGCCAUGGUAACAGGCUCAGGGGCUGGAUCAGAGGAGGAUCAGAUGAUCGCAGCCAAUCGGCACAGCUUAGUGGAGAAGAUUGGUGAGUUGGUAGCCAGUGCGCAUGCACUUGGAGAGGGGCAAUUUCCUUUCCCCGCCCUCCCUGAUGACCCAACCCUGCCUCCAACUGGCCCCACUGACACAGGGACAGAGGGGGCAGAGGGGACCGGUGACAUGUUGACCACCAUCAGGAGAGGAGUCCGCCUUCGCAAGACCGUCUCCAAUGACCGCUCAGCACCACGCAUCUUGUGAUUGGAGGAGAAGCAGGAAGAGGAUGAUACUUGUCAGCCAAUAGGGAGUCAGGUGUUGGUGUGGUGCAACCCAACCGCCUAGUACAUACACAAACACUUAACUAUGUAGGGAAAGCUAUAAUAUAACAGAAGAUGAAUGAAAACAAGAACAUACACAAAAAAUAAGUUUAAAGACACCAUUAGAGUAAAUGAUAUAUAAUAUAAUGAUAAUAAUAACAUUAAUAAUGUUAACUCAUGCUGACAAUUAAAAGUGAAAUACUGAAUAUUGACAGGCUCCUAGCAGGCCACUAUAACUAGUGUGUGUUGGACGCAUGUUUGUCUUCUCUACACCUUCACCCAGGGAUGAAAAGACUUGCAGGAAAAAACAGAUAAGAUUAAAAAAAAAAAGGCAAAGAAAGAGAGAAAGACUGGGUUCUGUUCGUCAACUCACACCCUUCCCCAUCCUCUUCUCCAACUAACCCAACUGUCUAAUCCCAGAUGAAAGACUGAUGACUGAAGGAGGGCCCUGUGGGGGCGAGAGAGAGGGGGGUCAGAGUGCCAUGUGACCAGCUGGAUUUGAACCCAGGCUGUCUCAGCAGCAACAUACUGUACUUAUUAGCCCACUGAAAUGAAGCUUUGGUAUUAGCACGGGGAGCUAACAAGCCAGAGGGCUCCUCUGGUUCAUCCUAAUGUAAAAGAGUCUUUAAAAAAUACUGUUGGCAUUGAACCGUGCUAGUGCCCCCUUCCCCUCUCUCUCUGUGUGUGCAGUGUGUGCGUGUGUUCAUGUGUAUGCAUGUGGGCAAAUGUGAAAUGCGAGCGAGUGUGCACAUGUGAUUGACUGUGUGCGUGCGCGAGGGGGGUGGGUCGAGCUCUGCUGCAGGACAGCUGGUCACCCAACGAGGGCAGGGCUUUUCUCCUGUGUGUUGUACGUGUAUUUUCUUGUUUAUAUCGUGACGUCAUUUACCUUGUUACAACUGUACGAGAAGUUACGAGAAGUAAUCCAGGCGUAUAGAUAUAUUCAUAUAUAUUUUCUAGAACCAGAGAGAAAAUGUUAAAUCAGAAAUGGAGCAAUAAAUGUGUUUUAUUUUCUUGUUUCCAAGAAGAGAUGGAGGAUUGUAGGUUCUCCUUUGUCACAUUCAGGCAAUCAUCAGGAAUGCUAAAUUACACAUCGACUGUGAAUUCAUGCGCAGCCAGUUUUGGCGUUGUCUCUCUCCCUGUCCCUGUCUCUUUCUGGUGGAGGAAAUGGAUUACAAAAAUGUUGAAAAAAAUAACUGUAAGCACUUUGAUAGAUGGUAGAGUAUGUACAAUUACCACUAGGUGUUGCUGUAGUCAUACUGUAUGAUAGGGGAAGUGUAAGUGAGAGAUGGUUGCCAAUAAGACUGUCCUGAGGAAAUUAUUUAAUUUGUAGGAGAAGAAGAAGACGACGACGACAGGGAGGGACAAAGAGGAAGUGAUAAAGACUGAUGGAAAUGGAGUGAUUGGUCAAAUGAGAGAUGGGAAAGGAAAGUAGAGCAAAAUAUUUAUCUAAAAAUGGAUUGGACGUCAGGGCUCUUCAGGGUUCUACAAGCCAUUGCCUGCUGUGGAUUGUGAAUAGUAAUGAAGCUUUUUAUGAUGUGGUUGCACUGGUUUCUGAGCACAUAAUGCAAAAAAUACACUGCACAGAUAGGUCAGACUACAUUUGGAAAUAGGCUUUAAAGGGUCGGUUGACCCAAAUGUCAAACAAACAUGUUUUCUCACAAGCCAUGCAAAUAGUUAUUAGAGCUACUUUCUACCGUAGUAAUCAUCCCUUAAAACUGUUGGCACAUUCAAUGGAUUACCAAGAGUAGCAAGGAUAUAUUACUGUUGAAUUUCUUUAAAUGCUAUCUUUCAAUACUGUGAGCACAACAAAUUAAAUUCCAUUCACCUCCAUUGUACUUGGGAUAAGGCAGAAAUCUCAAAACCUGAACGGAUAAAACAAACAAACAAAAAAAAUCUAUCAACAUGCCAAGAUAAUGUAGAGAUACAGUAUGACAGAAACUAUGCGCUUUUGUAAUAUAGGUUCAACAACACUUAAACCUACACCAACAAUAGACUUAAAAUAUAUAUGAUUAUGUUCAUUAGAUAUACAGUUAUAAUUGUACUCCAUGGUUUUCAACACAAAUGCUGUGGAACUGUAAUUCCAAUGUCCAAAAGAUUAUAUAUUAAAAAGCAGUCUUCAUCAAUGUUCAUGUGCAUAUACAUAUCAGCACACUAGCUUAUCUGCAAAUAUAUUCUUACCUAUAAAUACUGUAUAUUUUUGCAUUAUGGGAGGGCAAACCUUGAACAUAGCUGAACAACAAUCUUGUUUCCCCAGACUGGCUCCACUUAAAACCUUCUCCUUUACAAAAUUUACAACGAUUAGUCUCAUUUCAAAGGAUACCCCACAAAAAAUGUAAGUUAUGAUUUCAGUUGCAAUAAUGGCCCCACAGUGGCCCAACAUGAUUAAAAAAAAUGGAGAGACCACGUACAGUUGGUUGCACAGUGUUGGGUAGUAGUUUACUGCCAGCUAACUAGCAGCUUUGUCUCUGCUCAGGCUUUCAGUUGAGGAUGGGACUUCUCUUAAAAGUAAUAGUAAUGUAACUAACUACUAUUGCUGUUAAAUAAUAUGUAAUGACCAAUUAUUACAUAUUUCAAUUAACUUGCACAACACUGGUCUUUAAGAAGAGGUGUCACCAGAAACAAAAGCAUUUAGACCAACAUGUAUUUAGCCACAGAAAGUAAUUGUAAUUCCAGUAAUCAGGUUCAUUCAUUGAUUAUUGUGUGACAACCCUGUCUCCUAGAAAUUAUGUUCACUAAAUUGCAUUCAACAUAAUCGCUGCAUGGAUUAUGUUCAGAAUUUUGAGUACUGAGUUAAAGAAAUACCACAUUAUGUACCACAAUGGUUCGGCAGGGAGGUGGUUGAGGUGGAUGGUGGACAUACAGAGUGCAUGUAGACGCCUGUCUUAUGUUUGGCAACAAAAGCACUUUGGUUAGGGUUUAGGGAAGAUCAUGAUUUCACUGAAGUGUUAAUUAAAAGGGUAAUUAAAAAAUAAUUCUGUAGUCAAUACAAGUGGAAACUGUACUGCAGACUUACCUCUUUUAUGGUGGAAAACAAAUGUAAUACAUUUUCAGUGGACAUUUUGCUGAUCAGCCAUUCAGUAUCAACAUAUCUGGGACUUGCCAGGUAUGUUAAUUAGCAGCAUUUCCUCAUAAUGCUAAUAAAAAUCAUAUUUCACCCAGCAUUACCUUUCCCUCAAAAAUUGGUUGUAUAUAAAUCUUGUUUCUUGGAGACAGUGCUGUGUAGUGUGAACACUAUGGUUCGGCUCAGUUCAGUGCAAAUAACCCAGUUCAGCUCAGGACACAGCUGUAUGAAAGGAUUACUUAUGGACAUUACGAUGUGAGGAAAGGUGAAGCCUGUUUGAUGCGCUCGCUGAUGACAAAGAAGCAGGAGGGUUUAAAUUAGACUUUUGAAGCUGACAGAGAGGAAGAUGUGUGUGGAAUGAGCAUUUCACUGCCUGUUCAUACAAUAUGUACUGUAUGUGCUGUACUUGUAAAUGAGAAUCAGGCGCACAGAUUUGGUAUAACGGUUUGUUAGAAAAUACUACAUGGAAUAUUCAGUUUCAGUAUUAUUAUUUUUUUCACUCUGCAGUAUUGUUUGAAUAUUUAGUCUUACUUUUAAUUAAUGUAGAAAACAAAAGAAAAAAACUCCAGUUGUAACACAAACUACUAAGCUGUGUAACAUAUGGAUGUAGGAUGUGUGGGCCGAGAGUGAGUGUGUCCUUGUUUGGCUGGUGAAUUCUUCAUCAGCAUGUCCGUACAUUCUUCUAGCAGUGACCUGAACAUAGCUGGCGACAUCAGCAUUCUUAUAAGCCCUUUUUUAUUGAGUUAUUUCUUUAUUUAACCUCGGAGAGAGCACCGUUAACAUAUUUGUGGCCAUUUAAAAAGAAAACUAUGAUUUAAUUUAAAGAGAUAGAGAGGAGAAUGUUUGCAGUUUUUAAACAUUGUCACCCUCUGCCAGCACACUUUUUUGUUGAACUUUGAACUUUUAACAGUGCUUCAGGCAAGGGGGGUGGUUAUGUUUUGUUUUGUUUUUUUUUUGUUUUGUUUUUUGUGGUGGGGGGACUACUGUAUGUAUGUAUGUUGUCACAUGUGGAUGCUGUGUGUUGUAUCAGCUGAAUCUGACUGGGUGAGAGGGUGGAAGGGGAGAGCAGCGGGCUUGGACUCCAUCCCCCCCAAAAGAACAUAUUUUGGGUGAGAAACAUUCAUCUGAAGAGUCUGUCUAAGACCGCCUGUCGAGGUCACACUGUACAUGAAUAUACGUAUGCUGAAUGUACUGCAAGAUGAAGGGGGACAUUGAACUGUUUGACUUGCUUGAACCAUUGCAAUGUCAGAACUUUGUUCUUGUACAACUGAAUGAAGUUUCCAGUUAAAACAGUAGGAAAGCAAUACAGAGAUAGUGUGCAUGUACGUACAUUCACAAUGAUGUUCCAGUGUGGGGAUGUUAAAGGAAAAUACCACUGUUUUGUCCACUCAAGGAUACUUGUGUCCCUGUGUAAAAGCAAUUCCACAUUGCAUGGCUCAGAUGGUAUGAGUUUGGAGUUUAGAGACCCUUUACUAUGUGUCCAAGGACACUGCUAGGGCCAAUUCCACUAGUCUGAAUGUGUAUGUGCUGUUUUAACUCUAGUGCAAACUCAAACUGAAUUCACUGCCAGUUAUCUACAGUAAAUCAUUGCUUGAUUAAAGGGUUUAUAAUGCCCUGCUAACAGACACGCUACUUAUUUCCAAAUGAUGGAUAACAACUCAGGACAAGACCAGGAUGCUAAAAUUGUGGGGUUUUCACAUUGGAUGUGAUCAAGAUCAAACUGCACAUGCUGGUGAUAGAAUGAAUAGAGUGUGAAAUGAGAGUAAGAUACAACACUGCUAUUUUCCUUUAAAAUGCCCAGUUAACAGCACAAAAAUUAAUUAACUAAACAAUAAUGUCUUUUUUUUAACAUGCUGAAUUAACUGUGUACUGAACUAACUGUCUGAACAAGCUGAAAUAACUACUCUGCUACAGAUGUGUCAAUAUGCCCAUUUUUAUGAGUGUAUGUGUAUGUGGGUAGAAGUAGGCCUACCGGCAUGUGGGCAAAGCGGGGGCUACCAUGAAAACAGGACACUCUGCUGGAACAUACAUAGACACAUAACCAGAUUAACAUGCGUGCAGGCAUGCGUGCGUACACACAAACAUGUACACAUCAUAGGAUAUACACACACAACAUACAUGUAUACUUCCUCGGCCGAGAGAACUACACAGUCCUAACUACUGUACAGCAUGUCCAAAAGGAAUACGCACUGUAAAAAGUAACAUCUGCUUCCCGAUUUUAAUGAAAACAUCCCAUCUGAACUUUCAGUAACAUUACAGCUUUUUAAAUUUCUUUUGCUAUUAGCUGUCUUAUUUCCUAGCAAGGCUGGCAUAUAAGCGAGGCAACAUGUAGAUUAGUAAACGUGGAACAUGGUACAUUUCUUUAAUGCUACAAGCAGUUACAAACCGUACGCAUACUUGAUUAAAAGUUGAAAUACUGACUUCCGAAACUGCUGUGUUUCUAGUCUUACAGCUAGCCCAACAGACUAUAGUGCUGUUGAGUAUUAGGUAUGUACCUGGGACUAAUAUGAGCUUAUACUGACUGUCGAAUGUUAAAGGAAUUGUUUGAAAUUUUUGGAAAAUUCCUGCCAGCAGAUGGUUAGCUUAUUUAAACAUUAAAACUGGAGGCACAGGAAAACAGCUAGCCUGGCUUUGUCCCAAGAUACAUUGUCUGAUAUCUCUAAAGUUACCUAAUUAACACACUUUAUCUUAGUUGUUUAAUCCACGACUAAACUAAAGUGCAGAAAUGACAAGUUGUAGAUUUAUGGGGGUAUUGUGCUGGACAACGUAUCCUCAAACAACAGUUUGUAUGAUAUCGUAAAAAUUAGUGCCCCAAGAAUGAGGUACCUAAUGUGAAGUACAUUAGGUACUUAACGUUAAGUUACGCAGGUGAGCUUUUGGCUAAGUUACUGUGGUUAGGUUUAGGAAGAGAAACAUGGUGAUGACAUACCUUAAAAUGACACAAAGUUCACACAGAUCCGAACACCAGUCUGUGGGCAAAGUCCUGGGAGAAAAUCCUGUGUUUUGUGACCCAUCCACCAACCCAACCUGCCUCCUUAAAGGAUCACUUCCUUCUUAAGCCUAUCAGGGCAUUGGCCACAUGAUUACAGCCUUCCCAAAAACAUAGGAUACACACAAAUUAAUGGCUCAUGAUUACGUGGGUCAUGUACAAAUUUUGGUGCAUUACUUUUUGUAGGAAAAUGUAUAAACAGUGCACGAGAACAACCUCUGCUGAGUUAGUUCUCGUGCAGGAACUUCACAGAGUCUCUGCUGGUUGCCCGGCACUUGCUGACAAGAAAAAAUACGAAUAACUCCAUCUAAAAAGGCAAUUUUCCAAAAAGUUAAACUAUUCCUUUAACUUUUAAUGAAAACUUGGUGAGAUGGCGGGACCACAGUAGAAUUGACACAGAAUCACUCAACAGCACCGCUAUCUAAAAAGCCUGGAGGUGUACAAAAACUAUCGAAUUUGUGUUUCACCACUCACAUAUAUGUAUGGAGUUUUUUUCACACCUUUGUAUCCCUCUCUUCUUUUUCCUCUCUAUUACCUUCCUCUUUUUGUACCUCAUCCACUGAGGGCACAGUUCACCCUGGGAUGCCGUCGAACUGAUAAGUUAGAAUAACACUUGUCAUGAGAGUCCCAUCGGCUGUACUUGGUCUUUGGUGCCUCGCAGCCCAUCAAAGCUAAUGAAACAUAAUUCUGAUGAAGUCUUUAUUUACACCACAGUCAGUGGUGUCUGUCCGUCUCCCCUCUGCUCUUUUCCCUCCCCUCCCUCAGUGUAUGUGUCCGUAUGUUGGUUUGAAUGUGUGCCGUGGUUCGAAUGUGUGUGUGUUUGGUAAUGGCUAACGGGCGGUAUCAUGAUGGGUCCUGGGUGUGCUGUUCAAACAAGGGCUGGAAGUAUUAGCCAGGGUAAACGUCUCCCAGCUGUACACUGUAACAUGCAGCUGGUUUUAAGCAGAACAGCUGGAUGUCUGACACUCCAUCUCAGUGCUAGAUUACAUUUUAAUUAAUUUUGAUCAGGCUUUUUAAGACAUCUAUUUUGUCAGCAUCUCACAGGCAGCUUAUAUUACUUUGAUGGUUUUGAGCUUCUCUCAAAGAAAUGCACAAGAUACAAGUGUGAGCAGUAAUUCAACAUGCAGGGACUUUUUACCCACAUUGCCAUCACAAGAAAUCUGCUGGUGUGUAAAGCACAUGGCUGGUAAAACCAACAAAACACUGAAUCUUAAUCAACAAAGAGCACUGGUCCUUCUGUUAAAUUGAGCUAAACCGGCUAAAGUAAAAAUCCACUCAAAGGGAGACUAGGUAACUUCUGUUGAACAGCUGCCACUGUGACCACAAGUUAGCCUGGUUCCAGACCAUAGACCCCACCCACUCAACUGAGUAGGCUUGCAUUACUGGUCUGGCAUGCUUCAGUGAAUUUGCGAUUUAUCUCGUCCAAACGAUGGACGGACCAAUGAACGCCGGGGGUCUAGCGAUUAGCCAAUCAGCGCCACGCUGAUGUCAAGCUGUACGCCGGUGGGUAACUGGUGAGGAUAGCAACAAUGGCGACCACUACAGAUCCUACAGACCACAUUAACGAUGCUAUCGAGGUAUUUCGCCACUACUCGCGUUAAUGGAGGACCAAAUAAAGGAAGCUGCUAAACUGGAUUUAACGGCGAUGCAGCUGGGCGUGCACGACGACGGAGACAUUUUAAACGGACAAUGCUCGCUUGUUUUCGGCACCCCCGAGGCAUGGAUACUAAUGACGUCAGAUUCUGGGUGAGUCGUUGAUCUCUACUGAUUGGUUAGGGAAAAAUCAAAUUCCCUCCCCCUUGUAAAUCACCUUCAAUGGAAGCCAUGUCAGACUGAAGGUUCUGAGAGCUUCAGUCUGACACUAAGGCUAACCACAAGUUACAAUUACAGCAUAAUGCUAAAUGUUAAGAUGUAAUGGAACAUAAGCACAAGAUGGGAAAUGUUGUGAAGAAAAAAAACUGCCUUAGGAAUGUCAGUAAAAUGGCACCAUUUAUUUAAAGCUGCUGAUAUUAGCUGCCAUUAGUUACUGGUAAAACCAGACUAAACUAGGCUGUAGCAGUAAAAAGUGUACUGAACUGAGCAAGGAUUAGUUUUAUCACCUAUGAAUGCAACUUUUCAUUUGUGCAAGGAAAAAUGUUUAUAUUGUUUAGUUAUAUCCUUUUUUUAAAAGUUACAUAGCCUCCUUUAAGUAGAUGUUAAAAACAAGCUGGUAACAUGUAACGGUAAAGUAUUAAAGGCCUAGUGUGUAGGUUUUAGUGCCAUCUAGCAGUGGGGUGGUAGAUUGCAACCAACUGAAAUUUCUCCAUUUUGCCAAACGUGUAGGAGAACUACAGUGGCCAACAGAAAAUGUGAAUGUCCCUAUUGAGAGCCAGUGUUUGGUUUGCUUGUCGUGGGCUACUGUAGAAACAACAUGGCAGACUCUGUGGGGGAGGACCAGCUCCAUAAGAAUAUUUAACGGCUCAUUCUAUAGUAGUAGUAGUAUUUUUAGUUUAUAAUACACUUACGAAAACACUUUUGAAUAUUAUAUACAAUAUCUGCCAAUGUAUCUCCCUAAAUCUUACACAUAGUCCCUUUAAUUUAAAAAUGUCCAUUACCAAGUUGCUUUAAAAAAUAAUAAUAAUGAUAAUAAAAUAAUAGGGUAUUUUAAAAGAGCGACAGGCUUCUGUAUAUCAGCCUUUCCUACAGCAGGAACUUUGCAAUCCAUGUAGCCAUUGUCACAGGUUCUGCUCUUAAUGCCACUGUUCUCCACCUUCUUUGUGAAUGCGCUCCUUGUACUACAUUUUGGAGCUGCAGAGAAGGUGAUACUAAAUCCAUAUUUGCAUAGCAUUUCUUGCAAGCCAGUAAAAACUCACAUUACUGCAUCAGUUAUCAGCUAUUCUCUAACCACUGUUUGAGAUAUUCCUCCUGUAGACUUUCACACUAAUGUUACAGAGAUCCAGUAAGGCUUGAGCCUCUGCAGUCAGCAUCUUGUCAUUUUGCUGUUGCCAGAUGUGACGUGAUGGAAUUUCAAGUAGGGUAAAACAGAAGCUCAGGCUGCCUGUUGAUGGUUGAUGAACAUUCAGCGAUGGCCAACUUUCCUCAGCCAGUAAACUUGUUGACCAUCCAUCCGCACCUCAGCUGAGUUUCCCUGGUUACUCAGAUUUAUAGGAAAUUGGCAGACUUCCAUUGUGAGCAUUUGCUCGCAGCAUGAACACACCGUUACAAAUCUAUGAGGAAAUGUUGAGGAGAACAGCCUUAUUUGUAGUGUGGAGUGCUUGUUUUUAUAACUUUGGUUCCCUUCAAGUGUUUAUACACUGGACACUUACUUCAUGUCUUACAUAAGAUUUAAAAAUGUCACCCAGUUGAGAUACCUGAAUAUGCUAAACAUUGUUUUGCUGACUGAUUGAAAUAAGAAAGACCCCAUGAUGGCCAUUGAACGACAGAUUGAGUUAUAUUUAUGAUCAGACUAGAAGAAGUAUUGUGAAUUUGCAUGAACAGUAUGUAAAACCCACUCCUUUAGCCAUCUGCCCAGGUUAUAUUGAGUGUGUACUUUAUGUAUGUGUGCAUGUAUGUGUGUGUUGCACAAGGACACUUAGUUAAGACCCCUACUGUUUCUCCCUCCCACCUCCCACACGCAAUCUGUCAAUCCUUCCUGCUGUCUAAUAGCUGAAGAAACCCACCAUACACCAACACACACACACUUACACACACUCCUCUGAAGCAAACAUGACUAAGGUAGAUUCUCGGAAGCUACAUGAUGGUCCGCUGAAGCCCUCCAGGGGAUCAUGAUGAAACACGCUGCAACUUCCUGUCAUACAGCCAUGCAGAACAGAGUGGCCAAAGUGGCCUCCUGGUGCCACAGCCACUGUUAACUGAACUGAAUGUCUUACUGUCAAUACUCCAGUUCUCAGUAGUGUCUCUCGCUCGCUCGCUCGCUCUCUGUCUCUUCUUCUUCCUCUACAGCCUCCAAAUGAACUCUACAAGGAAAUGUCUCCACAACUCACCAUUGAGGCGUUGAUAUCAUUUCUAUGGGGCUAUUUUGUUCAAAGGAUAACAUUGUGACAUCUGCUUUAUGUUUCUGUACAAACCGAUCUUUUGCUCCUCUCUUCCCUCCCGCGUAGCCCUGCAGGCACUGUGGUCUUGUCUUUUUUCUUUCCUGCCCCUCUUCUGCUCUUCUUCUUUAAUUUAAUGUGAAUUUAUUUCCAAGGUUGUUUCGCCUCUGUCGCUGAUAAGGUUUUUCUUUUCUGUCUUCCUUUUUGUAAAAUUGACCCUUUUUUGUUAACUUUAGUCACUGCUAAUGUAACAAAACGCACUGUGAUGAUUCCAGUAUUAAUAAAAGUUGUACUUAAACUGUG